AUGACGGUCACAUCAGCCGCUGUGAGGUGGGAGGAUGUUGGGCGAGUUGCAACAGCAAUGAACACCUUCAGUUCUUUUCAACCCACCCUGGCCCAGGCGCAACAGUUUACCGCGAUGUUGUCCUAUGCUGAUGACCAAGAUGAUAACUCAGAGAUGGGUAGUGAUACGAAGGAUACGGACUCCCUCCACUUCUUUCGCAUACACUGCUCCCAAUGGGAGCGCAUUGACACGAAUAUUCGUGUGUUCUGUGAGAAGUUGACCUCUGUUUCCUACCCCAUGGGCCGGGCAAUGGAAAGAACUUGGAUUGCGAUUGUUAAGGAAUAUAUCUGUGCAACUGCUUAUCGGGAACGCUGCUCCCACUUUACCACCUCACACUAUCCCAGCUUUCUCAUAUUGGAUAUUGAUAUCCUCGUGUUGGUCAGUAUUUGCAAUAAAUUCAUUACUAGCUGGAGGAAGAAACAGGCCACAAAUGUUAUCAUAUGA